AUGAGCAGGAGGCCCCUGGCAGCCAAAAUGAAGUCUCUGAUGUCUGUGUGCUGCUUUCUGGCGCUCCUGGUUCUGUCUGCUGCAGAUCUCCUGCCCGAGUCCUCCGUCCACGAUGAGGAGCCUCUGGUGCAGCUGCAGCUCCAGCAGCCCGAAGGAGACCUCUUCUCCUGUGGAUGUGACACCACAGAGGAACACGGCAGCCAAAGCUCCUCCAACGACACCCCGGCCCCAGAGAGGGCCAUGUGUCAGCCCUGCAAAGCCCCGUCACAUUUAGAUGCAGAGGAAGAGGCUGCUUCUCCUUCAGAGCAUGAAGAAGAGGAGGAGGAAGCACCUCCAUCUGAGGAGGAUUCUUCCCUUGAGGAGGUUGCAAGUGACGAAGAAGUGGUAGGAGAGGAGGAAGAGGUGGCAUCUGAGGAGGCAGAAGAGGCUGAGGAGGAGCAAAGUCUGGAGGAAGAGGAAGUAGCUGAGGAGACUGCCUUCCCUGAAGAGGAGGCGGAGGAGACAUUAACUGAGGAAGAGGAAACUGAGGAAGUUGAGGAAGAAGCAAAGGAAGAAUCAUCCCAAGAGGAAGAAGAAGAAGAAGAGGAAGUGAGUGAAUCUCAGGAGGCCGCUGCAGAAGAGGAGGAAUCUGCUGCUGAAGAAACUAUUGAAGAAGUUGCUGAUGAAUCAGAAGAUGAAGACACACAGGAAGAAACAGAGGCAUCAGCACAUGAGGAGCAGAUAACCGUGGACGCCAUCCCAGAGGAGGCUGCAGUUGCUGAGGACGCUGCUGAAGAAGAGGUCGAAGAAACUGAUUCAGAACCAGAAGCAGAACCUGAACCUGAAGAAACAGAGCCAGAAGUGACCGAAGAACCAGAGGUCACACCAGAACCUGUUGUGGAAGUAGUUGUGGAGGACGUAGCAGUGGAGACAGCAGCUUCUGUGGUUGAAGAAGCACCUGUGGACGUCGAGGAAGCGACAGUGGAGGAGGUGCCAGCAGAGGAGCCUGCACAGCCUCAACCCAAAGAACACAAGGGAACUGAAGCAUCAGGCCCGACCCCGAGGGACCGCUCCCACAUCGAUGACACACUGCGACUGGCAGCAGCCGAACCCUCAGCAGAGUUCACAGGUGCUAUGAAGACGCUGUUGAACAUCUACCACAAGUCCAUCAAGCCCAUGGAAGACGCCUUCAAGUACAACGAGCUCAGGCAGCACGAAGUCACAGAUGGUGAGAUCACCUCCAAACCCAUGGUUUUGUUUCUGGGACCCUGGAGUGUUGGCAAGUCCUCCAUGAUCAACUACCUGCUGGGCCUCCACGACUCCUCCCAGAAACUCUACACAGGUGCUGAACCCACCACCUCCGAGUACACUGUCAUCAUGCACGGCGACAAGUUUCGCACCAUAGAGGGCAUCGUCAUGGCAGCAGACAGUUCGCGCUCCUUCUCCCCCCUGGAGAAGUUCGGCCAGGGCUUCCUGGAGCGUCUGAUUGGCAUUGAGAUGCCCCACAAGCUCCUGGAGAGAGUCACCUUUGUGGACACGCCGGGCAUCAUUGAAAACCGCAAGCAGCAGGAGAGAGGUUACCCGUACAACGAGGUGUGCCAGUGGUUCAUCGAUCGAGCUGAUCUGAUCUUCCUGGUGUUCGACCCCACCAAGCUGGACGUUGGAGGGGAGCUGGAGAUGCUCUUCAAGCAGAUGAAGGGCCGCGAGUCCCAGAUUCGCCUCAUCCUCAACAAGGCCGACAGUCUCACCACCCAGGACCUGAUGAGGGUCUACGGAGCGCUGUUUUGGAGCAUGGCGCCGCUCAUCAACGUCACCGAACCCCCUCGCGUGUACGUCAGCUCCUUCUGGCCUCAGGACUACGCUGCUGAGACCAGCCGCGAGCUCUUCAUCAAGGAGGAAACUUCUCUGUUGGAGGACCUCAACCAGGUGAUUGAGAACCAGAUGGAGAACAAGAUCGCCUUCAUCCGCCAACACGGCAUCCGUGUGCGCAUCCACGCCCUGCUGGUGGACCGCUACCUCCAGACCUACUACGACAGGCUGGGCUGGUUCAGUGACCCCUACGAGGUCUUCCAAGACAUUGUCAACGACCCAGACAAGUACUACAUCUUCAAGUCCAUCCUGGCGAAGACCAACGUCAGCAAGUUCGACCUUCCCGACAAGGAGGCCUACCAGGACUUCUUUGGGGUCAACCCGAUUUCCCACUUCAAGCAGCUCUCCUCCCACUGCAGCUGGACUGGCGGCUGUCUGCUGGAGAAGAUAGAAAGAGCGAUCUCGCACGAGCUGCCGGCUCUGCUCAGCAGCGUCAACAAGUAUCCAGACGUACCUGCCCCUGCAAAGGCCUCGCCGGCGCCUCCGCCUCCUCUGCCUGGUACCUGCGAGGGUCCCGGAUGCGAGGAGAAACCCAAGAACCGCUGGAGGAGGCAGUGAGAUGGAGGAGAAGGGUGCAGGAGGAGGAACAGAGGAGGCAGAUGGCGGCAGCAGCCAGAGGGUUUCCUGAAACAAUCCCCACUGAUGUGGUUUUCAGAGCUGGCUAUGGGGGACUCAGCAGGGAGAGAGAACGAGAAUAGAAAAUGAAGAUCUACAGAAACUGGCAGAGCCGAGUCAGAGAGUACUGAAGAAUAUUUCUUAGUGCUUGUUUGUGUCUGCAUGAAACGGACAGAACGUGUUCCCACCUGGUUUUAAAAUACUUUUAUAUGAUUUUAAAUUAUAACAACUCUCUGGUGCACAUUGUCCUGUGUAUGUAAGAUAUGUUUUUAAAAAAGCAAAUAAGUUUUUGCACAGAAAGUUUCUGUCUGCAAAAUGUGCUGCAGCAGAAAAAUGGUUCCAUCGCUAGAGGUUAAGUCCAUAUAAUCUCUCAUGAUAUGACAUCUGAGAAUAAUUGUUUUCUUGUUUCUCACUAUUUUCAGGCCUGUACAUUAUUUAUUCACAGUUUUUUUCAUCAGAGAAAGAUGCUGGCGGUGUCGACACUCUUUCAGAGAGAAUAAAUAGUGCCGCUCUUUUGUCUUCUAUGUGCAAAGGCUGAAGAUUAACUUACAUCUGCUGUGCUGUGUUUUUACUGCCUCUGUUCACCCAGACACCAGGGUAAUGACCUAAAACCUGUGCAGGUUGAUAUUCAUACAAUAAAACAGAAAGAAAGGUG